UCUCAUGUAUCUGAACCAUUAACUGUACUUGUUAAAUUGUUUUAUAAUAAUGAAAUAUUAGAUAAUAUACUUUGUAAAAAUGAAAUCAAACCAUCCUUAACAACAUCAUCGAUUAUUGAACUUUUUACAACAUUACUUUGUCAACUUUAUUCUAAGAUAAAUCUUGAUAAUGAUUUAUUAGAAAAUUAUACUUGUGUUGUUAUAUUAAAUCUAUUUUGGCUUAUUUCAAAUUAUGAAAAAUAUAGCUAUUUAAUUGGUGAAUGUAAAAAAUUAAUGGAUAUUGUAAAGAUUGCUGCCAAUGAUAAACAAAGUUUUAUUGAUACAUUUAUGCCACGAACAAUGAAAAGUAUUCAUCAAACAGCUAAUGAUAUUCUAAGAAAAUUUAAUAAUAAUAAUUAA